AUGCGAUUACAUCUCCAGCGUAUCGCCGUGCCUGGGCUCAGGCCCACUGCCGCUUCCGCCGCCGCUGCCGCCGCCGGCGCCACAGUCAUGGCGACACCGCACGACAGCUACUCGUCCUCGAUCGGUGUUCUCGGCUGCAAGAUCAACACGGACCGCGUCGCGUACUGGCCCGACACGGUAACCUGCGACAACAUUUGCGUGUCGCUGAGCUACCAGGACCGCCAGCUCUACCUCCUCCGCAUCGACCAGUCCGGCGGCGCCCACGACGUGAGCUACGACGCCUGGAACUACCUCGUCACCGGCAAGAGUGCCACCCAGGCCCCGACUGCUGGCGGCGGCAUCGCCAUGACAGCGCAGGCCGCCGACCCCGCCCAAUGCCGCGACCUGAUCCGCACCCCGGACGGCCGGCUGCCGCUCAGCGCCGCCAACAGCAUGAACUACCUCUCCAACUGCCUGGGCCGGGCAGACAGCUGGGUGGCGCGGAAUUACGCCCUCUGGAACGUGCUCGAUCCGCUGUGCACGCUGGGACGAGACGAGGUGUGCACGCUCGACUGGCCGGCGCAGAACCAGGCUGCGUGCCCGCACCAGCUCGGGCUGCCGGAUGUGUUGAAGAGCACGCCUGUAUAUAAUAUUCGGUAUCCGAGCGGUGAGCGCGUGCUAGCGAGGGGGGUCGGGACAUCCGACACCGGCACCGGCACCGGCGACAAGGAGAAUGCGGCGGCGGCGAGGUCGGUCGCCGGCUCGCUCCUGUGUCUUGUCGGUGGCACAAUUUUACUGGCCAUAUGGUAG